AUGAAAGACAGACCGCAGUAUAUCCCAGUCGGUAUCUUCACCGUUCUAUUCGCACAAUAUUUCGGGAGCUCGGUCAUGCAAAGUAUCGGAGGCGCUAUCUUUCAAAAUCGACUCGUGAAGCAGCUAGAAGCCCGCGCAAACCUGGACUCUGAUCAGGUUGCAAUUCUUGUAAAUGCAGGGAGCUUGAAGGUGCGAGACAUGGCUCGUCAGGACUUUCUUGAUCGUCUGGAUGCGGUAAUUGCCGCCUAUAAAGAUGCCGUUACCAACGUUUUUAAGUGCGAACGCAUUGAUACACCAUACUUGGCUGACAACGAUGAGGGUGAAGUACACGCCAGCAAGGUCUAA